AUGCCUGAUACGAAUAAAUCUUUGAAGAAAGAAAACAAUGACCUAAAAUUGGAAAUAAAAGACUCAAAAGUCGAUGGAUUGACUAAUGAUAUAGAUAGUCUAGAAUGCUAUAGCUAUCAAUAUAAUGUGAAGCUUGUUGGUAUUCCACAACUUAAAACAAUGGAGUCGUCGUUGGAAACUUCUAAGCUAUGUGUCCAGCUGUUUAAAGAAAUGGGUGUUGCCGGCAUUACGUUGGAAGACAUUGACAUAGCCCAUCGUGUUCCAGGCAGAAAGGCCUUGAGGGACAAACCUAUCAUUUGUAAAUUCUCCAGACGAAUCGUUAAAGAUCAAGUCAUUAAUUGCCGACGAAAUAUCAACAAAGUUAACCCGAAUACCGUUGGUUUAGCGCCCGAUGUUCAGCUAUCAGAAGCCAGAGUGUUUGAUCAUCUUACCCCAAGUUUACAGAAACUCUUAUUUGAAGCAAAAAAAAUUCAACAGCAACAAGCAUACAAAUUCUGUUGGGUAAAAAAUUCAAAAAUCUUCUUACGAAAGCACGAUGACUCUCGCGCAGUUGAGAUAACAAAAUUGAGUGACCUUGAAGAUCUUGCUGCUCAUUGA